AUGACUGACACAACCAUCACUCCCUUGUCCAACGUCAUUGGAUCGCUUGUAUUUUGCCCAGAAUGUGGUAACCUACUGGACAUGGCCGGUGGUGAUGAUGAUAUUCUUCUUUGCAACCAAUGUAGCUUUGCCUACAAAACAGCUGGUGAUGAAUCCACAAAGGUUGUCACAACUUCUUCUGAACGUGCUUUCCAAUCCAAACUGAAAAACAAGCGUCAUUUGGUUCAGCAGAGCAACCAAAAGGAGGCUGAAGCUAUGAUCAAAGAGAAGUGCCCGAGCUGCGGAAACGACGAGAUGGCCUACCAUACUAUGCAGCUACGCUCUGCCGAUGAAGGCCAGACAGUAUUUUACAACUGCAAGAAAUGCGGUUACAAGUACAAGCUCAACUCUUAA